UUUCAAGUUAAUAAUUAUCGUUUUUAAACUCGAAUAAUACACGAUGGCGGGCGCUUCAAUUUUCGGCUGGGACUUGAUAUUCUCCAGCGUCGAAAAAGACAUAAAAAACAAACAAGACGUCCUCGUCUGUCUCACGCAUUUGGUCCUAAUUUCCAACGGAUUCAAAUGCAUCGGCUUGGGCGAAAGCAAAACCUUCGAGGGCACCGAAAAACAAAGCGAAUCCCUACCGGAAAACUGGAACAAAGACCACACCAUAAGGUACGUCCACCAAGGAAAAUUGUAUCAUUUUAGAACGACUAGGGUCGACGAUUCGGUGAUUUUGAACCUGGUCAGAGUGGACGAACGUAACGUCGGUAGUGUCCAACUGAACAUCCGUCAGGUGGCUCAACAAAGUGGGAGCCUGGACACGAUGGUGCCGGACAAUAAGAAAAUCGUCGAGCUGAUUAAAAGUGGGAUGAUUGACAAGGUUGUUGCGUCGUCAAAGAACAGAAGCGCUAGCAGUCAAACUGAGCCACCGCCGGAGAGAAGUAGCAGAGUUCUUGGAGAAGAUCCACUACCAACACCAAGCCCUGGAGUACCUUGGAGAGGACCAGGACCCUUGCCAGGGCCAGAGGUUAAUCCAUUUGGCUACGGUCAAUCCGACCUGAACCCCUUUGGAGUCGAUCCGCUACGUAUAGGACCACCCCGUGGCCCUACCGGAGGCGGCGGCAUGUUAUUCCAACCUCCAGGAAGAGGCGGCUCAUUUCCUUCGGGCCCUAAUUUCGGGAUAGCACCAGGUUCUUUGCCUCCCGGAGCUCGAUUCGACCCUUUCCGGCCUCCCGAGACCUACCCGAAUCCGCGUAUGCCUCGUAGACCGGACAACGACGAAUUGCCGCCUCCCGGCUACGACGACAUGUUUAUGUAAUAAUAAGGUAUAUUGUUUUUUUUUUUUGUAUUGUAACGAUUAAUCAAUAAUUAACUAGAAAAUAAAUAUAUAUUAGGUAUUGGAUAA